AUGCUGAAGGACAAGAAGACCAAGGUGAAGAUCACUUUCUUGGUCAUUGUUGUGGGCAUCUCAUCCAUGCUUGCAGCUGUGGUGACAGAUCAUUGGGCCGUAUUGAGCCCCAGAGUAGAAAAACUUAACACUACCUGUGAAGCAGCCCACUUCGGGCUUUGGAGGCUCUGCAAGAAGAGCAUCUUCAUUGUGGAGGAAGACCCUCAGGGCAAAGGCUGUGGCCCCAUCAGCCUGCCUGGAGUCAAGAACUGCUCCUACUUCAAACACUUUACAUCAGGGGAGGAGGCUGAAGUUUUCGAAGUCAAGACUCAAAAAGAGUACAACAUCUCAGCUGCUGCCAUAGCCAUCUUCAGCCUGGCCUUCAUGACACUGGGCAGUCUGUGUCUCCUAGGGUCCUUUGGAAAAAGCAAAGACUACCUACUAAGACCGGCUGGCAUGUUCUUCGCCUUUGCAGGUCUCUGCAUAGUCAUUUCAGUGGAGGUCAUGAGACAGUCUGUCAAACGCAUGAUUGACAGCGAUGAAACCAUCUGGAUCGAGUACUACUACUCAUGGUCCUUUGCAUGCGCCUGUGCUGCCUUCAUCCUCUUGUUCCUCAGCGGGAUCAGCCUGCUGAUCAUCUCCAUGCCUCACAUGCCACGGAACCCGUGGGAGACCUGCAUGGACGCUGAGCCUGAGCCCAUGGACUAG